AUGAUCAAAAUUAAUAUAAUAUUACCUCAACAUUCAAACGCAUCUACCAUGAAUUAUCAAAAACGUCCUCCUGACGGUUAUGUCAUUGACAUAAAUCAAGUUAAUAAACAUUGCGAACCAAUAAAUUAUACCAACGCCGUUCUUUACAAAUAUCCUGUACAAAGUUGUUUGGAUUAUUUGGAUUCAAAACAAACCGAUUACUUGGUAAAACCUUCUUCUCCAAAAUAUUGUAAUGAAAACGAUCCAAUGAUUUUUCAUGUUUAUUGGAAAGGUAAAAUGGUCGAAAAACUUGCUUUAAUGAUUAAAUCUUUUCUAUAUACUCAACCAUUAAGGUGCUCUUGUCUAUAUAUUUGGGUUGACGAAAAUUACAAUGAAGAUCUUCGCUUGAAUAAAAAUAUUUGGCCAUUAAUUCGUUUCUCUGGAAAAAAUUUAUUCUUUAAAAAAUGGAUCACCGAUGAACAAUUAAAUUCUGAUCCAAUCUUUCAUGGAUGGAAAUCUAAAUUAUAUUUAAAUAAAAAUAUCGUUGGAUUUAGCGAUAUAGUACGUUUCGUAUUACUUCAUCGCUAUGGUGGAAUGUAUUUGGAUGCUGACGUACUCUGUCUUCGAGACAUGAGUCCGGUGUAUCAUUUAAACUUUGAUUUUGCUUAUCGUUGGAGUUUUUGGAUGCAUUAUAAUACCGCUAUAUUAAGACUUCAACCUAAUAGUACAAUAGGUAGAAUUAUUAUCCAGGAAGCAAUGUCGAACAAUAUGGAUUUUCAUCCGAUGUCUAUUAAAGAUUAUAUUGUAAAGGAUAAGUCAAAAUCAAUAACUGUUCAGGAUUUGAAUAAGCAUCUUUAUAUGAUGCCGGUAAUUUUAUUUGAUCCUUUAUGGUUGAAAGCUGAUUUGUCUAUUGUAAAUCAAAUAUUAAGACCAAAUUUAAAUCUUUUUAUUGAUGUAUUUAAACCUCAUGUUUUGGACUAUGAAUUUCCGGCGACCCUAGUUAGAAAAAUGAACAAUGAUCCUUUGAAAUUGAGACACAAGCAUCAAUUCUUUAGAGGUGCUUUCACUUAUCAUUGGCACAAUAACUGGCGCAUGUCAAUUGACCCUGAAUCUUGGCUUGGUGUGUUGGAAAGUGCUUAUGACGCGUUCCUAGAAGGUAGAGGUUCAAAUAUAUAUAAUGAAUAUUUAUCUUUUUCAAAGAAAAAGUUGUUGUAA